CCCUCGCUCUUUCUGGCGGCUGAAACUCAUUUCACUCUCUCCUAGGGUUUCUAUCUAUCCCCUUCCAAGAACCCAAUUACUUUGGGGUUUUCUAUCCUGUUUUUGAAGAUCUAUCAAUCUAUCAUCUCCAAUCAUGGCCGCCGUUGCUCCCCCUGCAGAUCAAGCUGCCGAUUUGCUGAAGAAUCUGUCAUUGGAUUCUCAAUCCAAGUCUUCGGAAGUUCCAGAGUCUGCUAAGAAGCCUUCUGCAGAUUCUGUUGAUAAUGGGAAUGGUCAGAGCCAACCUUUUGAAAGAUCGCUUACCCCAUUGAUUCCAGAUUUCAUGGACCCAACAGUGGCUUAUUUUCCCAACAGUUAUGCUUCCCCUGCUUAUUUCUAUGGAGGUUACGAUGGGGCUAGUAAUGACUGGGAUGACUAUUCAAGAUAUGUAAACCAGGAUGGAGUCGACAUGUCUCAUCAGGGUGUUUAUGGGGACAACGGGUCACUUAUGUAUCCUGGUUACGGUUAUGCACCCUAUGGUCCUUAUUCUCCGGCUGGUUCACCUGUGCCAACAGCUGGUCAUGAUGGUCAACUCUAUGGAGCUCAACAUUACCAAUAUCCCAGUCCGUAUUUCCAACCGAUGACCCAUACUAGCAGGCCCUACCCUUCUGCAGCCGUUCCUCCUAAAAGUGAGAUGGCUAGAACUGCCGCCGAUAACCAACCACCUUUGUCUGUGGACACCACCAAUGGAAAUCCCAAUUCAAUUGUGAAGGGAAACACUGGUCCUGCUCCUGUAAGACCUGCAACUUUUCAGAAUUCAGUUUUCAACUCGAAUGGAUCCUAUGGUAGGGGUGCCCAAAAUGCGUUUCAGGAUCCAAGAUAUGGCUUUGAUGGGGUUCAUUCUCAUAUCCCAUGGUUAGACGGUCCAAUAUAUUCUGACGGGCGGCCUAGAAACAAUACCAAUACUGCUUCUUUAUCAAAUGCCAACGGUUUCGCGUCCAAAAAUCAGAAUGUUCGGCCUCAUUCUCAUCUCAUGAGUCCAAGACCAAUGGCUGGCAUAAAUGCAGCAAGUGGAUAUAUGAACAGAAUGUAUCCAAACAAGUUAUAUGGGCAGUACCGGAAUGCCUAUGGAUCUGGUUAUGGAUAUGGUUCUAAUACUUAUGGUUCACAAAACAACGGGAAUGGUUGGUUGGCUGUCGAUAACAAGUACAAGCCUAGAGGAAGAGGCAACUGUUUCUUUGGUUAUAGCAAUGAAAGCGGAGAUGGUCUGAAUGAGCUAAACAGGGGUCCUAGAGCCAGAAGUACAAAGAACCAAAAGGUUCCCACAAGGGUCACUAUAGCUGUUAAGGGACAGGAUGUACCCUCUGCAGCAAUUGAUGGCGUGGAGAAGGAGACGGAAGUGAAGGAGGUGUGUGCAGUUCCAGAUAGAGAGCAAUACGACCAUCUGGAAUUUCCUGAAACUUAUGCAGAUGCUAAGUUUUUCGUUAUCAAGUCGUACAGUGAGGAUGAUGUUCAUAAGAGCAUCAAGUAUAAUGUUUGGUCGAGUACACAAAAUGGAAACAAGAAGCUUGAUGCAGCAUACCAGGAGUCUCAGCAGAAGUCUGGACCGUGUCCUGUUUUCCUUUUCUUCUCAGUGAAUACAAGCGGACAGUUUGUUGGCGUUGCUGAGAUGAUAGGUCCGGUUGAUUCUAACAAAAGCUUGGAAUACUGGCAACAAGAUAAGUGGAUCGGUUGCUUCCCCGUUAAGUGGCAUAUCAUAAAAGAUGUGCCUAAUAGCUUGUUGAAGCACAUUAUUCUUGAAAACAACGAGAAUAAGCCUGUUACCAAUAGCAGGGACACCCAGGAGGUGAAGUUAGAGCAGGGAUUACAAGUGAUUAAAAUCUUCAAAGGCCAUUGUAGCAAGCAAUGCAUAUUAGAUGAUUUCGAGUUCUACGAAGAACGACAGAAAAGAAUUCAGAAGAAGAAGGCAAAGCAACAGCAAUUCCAGAAACAAGCAUGGGAAGAAAAAGCCACCAUUGUUGAGAAGAAGAAAGAUGAAGUUAUUGUGGCAGAGAAUGGUGAAGUUGCAGAGAAGAAGAUCGUUGCAAAUGGUUGCUAAAGAAAGCAAACUUUGGAUCCAUCCUUUUGGUAUCAUUGUACACAAAAAGGGCAUGUAAAAUAGGAGGGUCCGUAAUCAAAAUGGGUUGGUUUCUUCUGUAGUCUUUUUAGCUUCUAACAGGUUCUCCAUACCAUUUUCUGUUUUGGUUUCAUGUUUCAAUAUUAUGUUCUAUGUUGAUUAAUGAGUAGAGUGGCAUAAUUGUAUAUCAAGACUGAAAAUAUAUGUUUUACGUAAGGAUAUACGAGCUCGUUGAUCGAUCAA